AUGUCGCUGCUUCAGGGCUCGAAGAAGAAGGACAAACGGAUUCUGUCCGGUUUCUGUCCGGACCCGAAAUGUCAGGCGCGGCUGUUCUUCCCCGCUCACGGUUCGGUUAGCAUCGAGUGCACUGAGUGCGGCCAGCGGCACGAGCAGAAAAACCUGCUGAGUGUCGAGGAAGUCACCGACCCAGAUGUGGUGCUCCACAACCUGCUCAGGAACGCCCUGCUGGGCGUCACCGGGGCCCCGAAGAAAGGUACCGAGCUGGUGAAGGUGAUGGGACUGUCCAACUACCACUGCAAGCUGCUUUCCCCGGUCCUGACCCGGUACGGUAUGGACAAGCAGACCGGCAAAGCCAAGCUGCUUAGGGACAUGAACCAGGGGGACAUGUUUGACUGCUCCUUGCUCGGAGACCGGGCUUUUCUCAUCGAACCAGACCACGUGUCCACCGUGGGCUACGGGAAAGACCGAUCGGGCAGUCUGAUCUACCUCCACGACACGCUGGAGGAGGUCAAGAAGGCCAACAGUAGCAGGGAGUGUCUCAUACCCGUCCACGUGGAUGGAGACGGGCACUGCCUGGUCCACGCCGUGUCCAGAGCGCUGGUAGGAAGAGAACUAUUCUGGCACGCGCUGAGAGAAAACCUGAAGCAGAACUUUAAGCAGAACCUGGACCGUUACAAGGCACUCUUCCAGGAUUUUAUUGAUGCUGCUGAGUGGGAAGACAUCAUCAAUGAGUGUGACCCGCUCUUCAUUCCACCUGAGGGUGUGCCACUUGGGCUGCGCAACAUCCACAUAUUUGGACUGGCCAACGUGCUCCAUCGACCCAUUAUCCUGCUGGACUCGCUGAGUGGGAUGAGGAGCUCUGGAGAUUACUCUGCUACCUUCCUGCCGGGGCUGGUACCUGAAGAGCAGUGCCGGGGCAAGGAUGGCAAACUCAACAAGCCCAUCUGCAUAGCCUGGAGCAGCUCUGGUCGGAACCACUACAUCCCUCUGGUGGGAAUUAAGAACACAGUGCUCCCCAAACUGCCGGCCCGUCUACUGCCUAAGGCGUGGGGCAUUCCUCAGGACCUCAUCAGGAAGUACAUCAAGCUGGAAACAGAUGGGAGCUGUGUCAUCGGCGGCGACCGCAGUUUACAGGACAAAUACCUGAUGAGAUUGGUCAAUGCCAUGGAGGAGGUGUUCAUGGAGAAGCACAGCAUCCAUCCCUCUCUGGUGGCUGAUGUGCACCAGUACGUCUACAGACGGACUGGUAUGAUCGGCAUCCAGCCUGAGGAGGUGAUAGAAGCAGCCAAGAAGUCAGUGAUGGAGAACCGGCUGCACCGCUGUCUGAUCUGUGGAGCCCUUUCUGAGCUCCAUGUGCCAGCAGAGUGGUUGAUUCCUGGUGGUAAGCUUUAUAAUCUGGCCAAAUCCACACAUGGACAACUGCGGCCGGACAAGAAUUAUAGUUUCCCGCUCAACAAUGUCGUCUGCUCAUACGAUCCACAGAGAGAUGUCCUUGUUCCUGAUUACAAGCUGAGCUCCCUCCACACCUGCACCUGGUGUCAUGGUACUUCUGUCCGCCACAUCCGUGGAAAUGGUUCCGUCGUUUAUCUGGAUGGUGACAGAACCAACACUCGUUCCCAAGGUGGGAAAUGUGGGUGUGGUUUCAAACAUUUCUGGGACGGGAAGGAGUACGACAACCUCCCUGAGGCUUUCCCCAUUACGCUGGAGUGGGGAGGACGGUUGGUACGGGAGACUGUGUACUGGUUCCAGUACGAGACAGACCCAUCUUUAAACAGCAACGUGUAUGACGUGGCCAUGAAACUGGUCACCAAGCACUUUCCCGGUGAGUUUGGCAGCGAGAUUCUGGUUCAGAAAGUAGUAAACACCAUUCUACAUCACACCGCCAAGAAAAACCCAGACGAGUACAACCCAGUGUCCAUCGACGGCGCUCACGCACAGCGGCUCACUGACAACACGGAGAAUCCACAGACAGUGGACCCACAUCUGCCCACAAAGAUCAUUUUGACAGGUCAGAAGGCAAAGACGCUUCAUAAAGAGGAGCUGACGAUGAGUCGGGCAGAGCGGAGCCUCCAGCAGAGCAUCAGUGAGCAGGCCUUUGCCACGCAGAAACGACGAACUGAGAGGCUCAAACAGGACCAGAAGAGCCACGGCCGGACGUCUUCUCCUAGUUGUUCUACAGAAACAACUUCUUCUUCAGCUCCAGCCACGCCCACAAAAUCCACCUCCUCUGCCCCCUCUUCCAGUAAGGAGAAGAAGAUCCGCGUCACCACUAGUGAUGGCAGGCAGGCCAUGCUCACCCUGCAGUCCCACACCACCUUCUCUGAUCUCCAGCGGAGCAUUGCCAGCCAGUUUAGUGUACCACCAGCGCAGCAGUGCAUUCGCUACGGCUUCCCACCCAAAGAGCUGGCCCCGCCAAAGGACGGCGAGGAGAACGAGCCGGUGGCCCUGCAGCACGGUGACAGGGUGACAGUAGAGAUUGUGAAGGAUCCAGAGGACAAAAACCAAGCAGCUUCCAUUUCCAGAGCCUCCAGCUCACCCUCCACCCUGCAAGCGGUGAAGAACGAGGGCGCCACGACAGCAGGAAGAGUUAGUGGCCGCGAACUCCAGGACAACAUCGAUCUAGAAAUGUCCUCCCUCUGUCUUCUAGCAACGUUGAUGGGUGAAGACGUUUGGUCCUACGCCAAGAAGCUGCCCCACUUAUUCCAGCAAGGUGGCAUCUUCUACAACAUUGUCAAAAAAGACAUGGGGCUGAUGGACGGGAAGCAUUGCACGCUGCCUCACCUGACGGGGAAAACAUUUGUCUACAACGCAGCUGAGGAGCGACUGGAGCUGUGCGUGGACGCUGCCGGUCACUUCCCCAUCACUCCAGACGUGGAGGACCUGGUAAAGGAGGCGCUGGUCCAGCUGCGCUCAGAAGCGGCCUCCAGGGGCAGCAGAGAGGGCAGCCCCUCCCAUGGCAUGCUGAAGCUUGGCAGCGGCGGCGUCGUCCGUAAGAAAGAGCAGCUGCAGAGUGUCACCGCCUUCCAAGGCAAAGGCCACUCCCUCGGCAGUGCUGGAAGCUCCUCCCCUCCAGAACACAGGCCAAUCACACGUCAACACAGCAGCGGCGUGGACUUGAGCUCCAGUGUGUCCCAAGGCCCCCCUAACCUGUCAGACAUCCCCGAGGAUGCCACCAGGGAGCUGGUCCGCAUGGCACCAGGGUUUGUUACCACAAAGGACGGGCGUAGUCUGGACCCCAACCUCAUCGAGCAGCAGCGACGGAAGCUGCAGGAGAUGGUUUCCUCCAUCCAGGCUUCCAUGGAGCGCCACCUGAGAGAGCAGCAGGGCAUGGCAGCUGGAGGGAUCAGCAAGGAAUGGACAGGGGGAGCUAAAACGGGUAGCAGCCAGGCUUUGACAGCCGUCAGCCACGAACCACCAGCUGCAACUCUGGACGGGAAGGUGGAAGACCCGGAGGAGAUGGAAAGCCAGGACACUGAUCCAAGCAAUGCCACCGAGCCCAUGGAUCACUCCUGAUCGCGAGCGUCCUCUGCCGCAGUCUUCACCACGCCCCUGGCACCGCGCCACCUGGCCGUCCGUCUUCUGUGAGUCAUAACAUCACAGAACGGAUCCAAAAGCUUCAGUCUUUCUCAUGUUUCUUCAUCUUUACUGCAUGACUAAAGAGCGAGGGGGCUGUCCUCUGCUCACCUGCAGACUCGGGUUGUGACUAAUAACCGGCGAUAUACGGGAAUACGCCGUCUGUCGAUGCAUCAUUGACGCAAACAUCACUGUAAGCUCUGCUGCACUUCGGAGGCGUUCACUCUUAUUGAUGUGUUUGACUUUUGCUUUAUUUCAGCUGUGAAACUGAAAGAAAAAUGCAGCCAAUGAUUUUAGAAAAUAAUUCUUUUUAAAUAAUAUAUUUUGCAUCAUUACACUUGUUGGUGAUGUAUCGUUGGCGACCGUCUUGCUGUAUAUCGCAGGUUUCCUGUACAGUCAUAGCAGCGUGUCUCGCCAUCAGCUAAGAUCCGCCCACCAAAUCUGGGUCGGAUUCCAGCAGCUUGAAGAACACACUGAACACCUGCCUGCAGGAGGCGCUGCUGCUCCCUGGCAGCACAAAGUUCUACAGAUACGCUUCAAUGUGCACACUCCUAACCGUGCACUAGCCUCGCUAAGCAACAGAGCCUCACCAAAUUCUGCUUACCCAUCAUCCUGUCUGUCUGAGGACCACAGGGCUCCGUUUAACUCCCUCUUUGCCCAAAAUGCCUUUUUUUCUGCUUCUUCUUUUUGACACCGCCUCUCAAAGUUACGUUGGCAGAAUUAAAACUUCAAACUUUUUUGGAAUAAAGUUGUCAUCUGAUGGGAAAGUUUUUUGCUCAGUUUUGAGAAUAAAGGCGCUUGUAUGAGCACCGUAGCUACAGGGUGUUUAUUUUGUUUUGCCAACACCCAUCUUGCGGGGUGCAGCAGGAUGUUUGAGUUUUUGUUUUGUGUGGUGCAUCAGUCUGUUCUCACAAAAGUUUUUUUUUUUCUUUUUUGUGAAGGAGUUGAGGCACACAUUCAUUGGUGUCCUCAUCGUUGUACAAUUUUCAUUAAUUUCUGCUAUUUUAGUCCUUUGAAAAUCUGAACCAUUUGUAAGAUGAUGACAAAGAAGAAAAGUAGUAAUUAUGCAGGAAGGUCAUGAUGUUGUGAAAAUGAUCACAUUUCCAAGAGGAAAAAAAAAAGUUGGCAUCCCCCCACUAGCAAUCUGACUUUAUUCAUGCAACAGAAAUAUCCUUCUCAUAGACUUUGCAGCAGUAUAUGACCCCCCCCCCCAAAAAAAUUAAAAUUUAAACAAAUAUAGUAAAUUAAAAUGUUUAUUUGCAUACCAGUAAAACUUUGCUAUUAAUGUACAACUUUAUAUUUCAACGGCACAAUUUUAAAAUUUGUGAGGGUUUUUUUCCCCCCAGAAAAAUUAUACGAUUCUCUCGUAAAACAGUGACUUUUCUACCCCCAUCCCCCCAGCCCACAAAAUUUACAGUUUUAUUGUUUGACUAUAAAUUUUUCCUACAAAUUUAUAACUCUUAUUUCCUGUGAAAUUACAACUUUUUUGAGGUAAUAGUAUAUUUUUCUUGAAACACUACAGCUGUAUUUUUUAUAAUUUGACACCCAUUCUAAAAAAAAACUAAUAGCAAAAUAAUUAGCAAAAUUCCAUAUAUUCUGCUCACAGCUUUGUUCUUUUUCCACACAAAAUUACAAAUUGAACUUUUAAACAACUUUUUUCCACAUAAAAUUGCAACUUCUUUGUUUUGUUUUUAAUUUAAUAGAUAGAUUGCUCAUAACCAAAUCCAUGGUAUGGCGCACAAACAAAAACAAAUUCAUACUUUGACAAAAGGAAAACACUAGAAAUCAAAAUUCAAUACAAAUCCAGAACCCCUUUCAAAUAAGCACCAAGUUUACAAAUAAUUUUCCUGUUAUCAGAUUGAAGCAGUAACACAAACUUAUGUUUAGACGGACACUCUCUAUAAAAAACAGGGAUAUAUUUUUCUCUUAGUCUCUUGACCUCAUAAUGUGUAUAAACAAACAAAACAUGGAAUUCAUCUCCCACAGAACCACUAUUACAAAGGUUACAAGUCCUCAUUGAUCUGUCCAGGCCUUUGUAUCUGCCAGUGACCUUGGGGAUCCUGGUGUUAUUAGUUCUCAGGUUGCAAAUGGCCUGCCUGUAUUUGAGGUUUUCACACAAUAGAUACUUUUCUAAUUUGAAUUAUUUUUUUAGUUCAACGUAAACGUCACACGAUGUCAUUUCCCGUAAUUGGCUUUUCCAUUUUUGUACAUACUGGUCCUUUAAAAUCCGUUCCACAGUUAACUUAAGCCACUGAACACUACUAAAAGACUGUGAGGACCACAUGUAGGACAGACCACAUUCAUCCAGGGUGUUCUUGAUCUCCUGCAGCCACGGGGACAUGAAAACACCCUCACAGAACUGUUGAUACAAAUAUUGAUACAUAUGUUGUACUAGUUUGUUGUCAUUAUUUGCUAUCAGUCUCCUCCAAUACCCAAUGAUUCUCUUUUUUUACAGCUAUGUGGAUGAGGAAUCUGCCGAGCUCACCAUAAACCAAGUUGUUGCAUGUAGAUACUCUAACUUUCAAAAUAUAUUUAAGAAAUCGAAUGUGCAUUUUUUCUAAAAUAUCAAAUUUUCCAUAACCCCAAACUUCACAUGCAUAUAACAUAACUGGCAUUACUAACUUGUCAAAUAAAUCAAGGGUGACAUCUAGUGGCAAUUUGAGGUUUCUACAUUUCGUGAGCAAAGCAAACAUUGCCCUUGAAGCAGAAUCAUGCAACUCUUCUAACUCUGAUACUGUCAUAAAUUAUAUUAAUUUUGUCUUUCUUCUGUUCACAUUACAGCUUUAUUCUGGUAAUUUGACAGCUCUGGCAUUAUUUAUUCCUUAAAAUAUGAACCUUAAUAACUUCGCUGUACGAAGUUCUCAUUUAAAAUUUGUGUUUCGUAAAGCUGUCAUUAACGUAAAAUGAGGCUCGUCCAGUCAGAGCUUCUGCAAGUCUUAUGGUUACAGACUGACUGACACCACCUGCUGGCAACCAAACUUACAGCAGAUGUUUCUGAUGCCGCCACCUACAGGCCAGUAAAAUAUUACUCAUCCAGUUUUGACACUUGUGCCAUCAGAAUCAAGUUUAUUGCCAAGUAAGUUCUCGCAUACAAGGAAUUUGAUCUGGUGUCAUUGGUGCAUAAACAACAAUAAAAACAAAAGGAAAAAAUACUUCUGUAAGAAGUGAAGGAGUCAAAUAGACAAAUGGGCAAACUAUGUUCACUAUCAAAUAAAUAUAACGUAGUGGAAUGGGGUUUCAGACAGUGAUGUAGUGAUGGAGGAGGAGAUGAUGCAGAUAAUAUUUCAAAUAUUAAAUCUAUAAACAUGUUUAACUGGUGAAUUGGCCCGCUAGUUGCUAUGAAGACAAGUACAGGGUUCUAAUUUGUCACAAAAAAAAUACUAUAAAAAUGAAAAGUGCAGGGUUAGUAAUUUUAAUCUCACGCAGGCUGAAGGCUCAAAGUGGGAGUAUGUCGAGGCAGUUUCCGUCCGCCCCGAAAAGGGUAUAAACAUCAUGAAUUCAGCUCCUGUCAUAUUUUUAGGAGGAAUUUUGUGAAACAUGGUAUAAGUCCUUGUUGGUAAUGUUCCUAUUAUAUCGUUCAAGUUGGGCCUGUUUUAUGGGAAAUGUGGUACUCUUCCUUGUUUAUAGGUUGGCAAUGCACAUAUUGUGAUAUUGUACAAGAGUGUCCGCAUUCUGAAAUAAACUGUAACAUACCUUGAAA